AUGACUAGUUUUCCGAGCGUGCCAUCGCCCAAGCAACGUUACGACAUACUGCUUGCCCUUCUCAGUGAAAUGAGACAUUCUCUUUUAGAUGUGCAAGUUCAACAUCUUGCUAUGGCUACUCAUGGAUUCGUGGGUGCUGAUCUAGCCUCCCUCUGCAAUGAAGCAGCCUUGGUUUGUCUUAGGCGUUAUGUAGAAUUCAAGUCCUCUUGUGGUGAUUCACAUUCUAACAGAUCUUCUCUUUCAUGCAAUGGUUGCUCUGCUAGUCAAAUGGAAGACUCUGAUUGUUUACAAGAUGCAGAAAACUUGAAGUUGGGGGAUAAUCUGGAGUCUUCAUUCUCGUCUAUCUCGGAACUGAUUGUUUCAUCGAAGAUAUUGAAUGGAGUCAAUCAUAAAGUAAACGGGACUUUUGUAGCGGAGGAACUCAUUAUGAGUGUAGCUUUUGCNUUCUCGUCUAUCUCGGAACUGAUUGUUUCAUCGAAGAUAUUGAAUGGAGUCAAUCACAAAGUAAACGGGACUUUUGUAGCGGAGGAACUCAUUAUGAGUGUAGCUUUUGCGGAUUUUGAACAGGCUAGAAUGAAAAUAAGACCAAGUGCCAUGAGAGAAGUUAUGCUUGAGGUUCCAAAGGUUAGCUGGAAAGAUGUUGGUGGCCAAAAGGAGGUUAAGAUGCAGUUAAUGGAAGCCGUGGAAUGGCCUCAGAAGUAUCAGGAUGCUUUCAAGCGCAUUGGAACUCGCCCCCCUACAGGGGUAUUGAUGUUUGGCCCCCCGGGUUGCAGCAAAACCCUACUGGCCCGUGCAGUAGCUUCUGAAGCAGGGUUAAAUUUCCUUGCAGUAAAGGGCCCAGAACUUUUCAGCAAAUGGGUUGGUGAAUCUGAGAAGGCUGUAAGGUCUCUGUUUGCUAAGGCAAGGGCCAAUGCUCCAUCAGUUAUAUUUUUUGAUGAAAUAGAUGGUCUUGCUGUCAUUCGUGGUAAGGAAAGCGAUGGAGUUUCAGUUGCUGAUCGCGUUAUGAGUCAACUUCUUGUUGAAUUGGAUGGUUUGCAUCAAAGAGUUAAUGUUACUGUUAUUGCUGCUACAAAUCGGCCGGAUAAGAUUGACCCUGCCCUUCUAAGACCAGGACGAUUUGACCGGCUUCUAUAUGUGGGGCCACCAAGUCAAAAAGACCGUGAGGAGAUAUUCCGCAUUCAUUUGCAUAAAAUGCCUUGCCUAUUUGACUUCUGCAUUAAGGAGCUGGCUCAUCUCACAGAAGGCUGUACCGGUGCUGAUAUAUCCCUAAUCUGCCGUGAAGCAGCAAUUGCAGCUAUUGAGGAGAGCCUUGAUGCCACAGAAAUAACAAUGGAGCAUCUAAAAACUGCAAUUAAACAAGCGAAGCCAUCUGAAAUUCAUUCUUAUCAAGAGUUGUCGUCAAAGUUUCAGAGACUUGUCCACUCAACUGCUGCAAGAGAUGAGUUGGGCUGUAAACCAAGUCAAAGCAGAUCAAGUUUGAUUCCUUUCUGGUAAACUAUUCUAUCCUAAUCAAUGUUUCUUUUUCGGAUUAUAUUACUUUUGUUGUGACCUGCAAACGGGGUUGGAAACACACACACACACACACAC